AUGUCUACUGAUAUGAUAUGCAUGGACGGAGUGUACUGCGCCCUGUGCGACGAGUACUUCUUCGAUAAACGGCAACGAGCGGAGCACAUUAUGAACUCCAACGACCAUCCGGAAUGUUGGAGAUGUGGCCGUCAAUUUUUGAAUGGCCAAAUUCUUCGUCGUCACUGUGUCACUGCACCGAAUCAUCACUACUGUGUGCCGUGUGACAAGCACUGUCGUACAGCAGCAGGGUUUCGCGUUCGCAUGGAGCAGGUUCAUGGCUUCGACGACGACAACAGUGACGACGAUUCAGAGGACUAUUAUGACCUCGAAGACAGUUGGGAGGAUGAAAGGGGCAAGGAGGAAUAUCCCGACGAAGUGUCCGAAUCAGGAGACGAGCCCCUUGAUACAUCAUGGGAAGACAGCAAUGAGUACGACUUUGAAGACCCGGAGUAUCUAAGGUUGCCGCCAUUACUUAAUAAUGCGGCAACCGACGACGCAGAGGAAAGCGAUGAAGAAGAGCCGGUACAAAAGGGUUCCUCGGCGAUGUUCACCCCAACAAAUCCACGAAUAUCUACAUUGUGUAUUGGCCGCAUCGCCGAGCAGGACCAACAGUCCCUGUAA